UCCGCACGGCCCCAUUUCUCGACACACACGCUGCAGAAAUUAGCCGCGUAUUUGAACGCUGCUAGCAAGCUAGCUUCUGUUGUAGAGUAGUUUGACUUUUUUCUGAAUGUUUAAGAAUGAUAUUCUUUUAUUGAAACUGGGUUUUUUCCCCAAACAAACAAAAUGAACCUGGACAGGCUUCGGAAGCGCGUGCGGCAGUACAUAGAUCAGCAGCAGUAUCAGAGCGCGCUGUUCUGGGCUGAUAAGAUCGCGUCUUUAUCUCAUGAGGACCCUCAGGACAUCUACUGGCUCGCGCAGUGUCUUUAUCUGACCUCCCAGUACCACAGAGCCUCCCACGCCAUAAGAUCUCGUAAACUAGACAAGAUGUUUGGAGCAUGUCAGUAUCUUGCUGCUAGAUGCCAUUAUGCUGCAAAAGAGUUCCAGCAGGCCUUGGAUAUUUUGGAUGUCGAGGAGCCAGUCAGCAAGAAGCUGCUUGAAAAGAGUGGGAAGGAGGAAACUGUGACACCGGACUGGGGCAUGUCCACUGCUGCUAUUAAUAGCUCCAUCUGCCUCCUGCGGGGUAAAAUCUAUGAUGCCAUGGACAACCGUCCCCUGGCCACCUCCAGUUACAAAGAAGCCUUGAAGCUGGAUGUGUACUGCUUUGAAGCUUUUGACCUUCUAACUGCGCACCACAUGCUGACUGCUCAGGAAGAAAAAGAUUUCCUGGAUUCCCUCCCUUUGAGUGAGCAGUGUACCGAGGAGGAGGAGGAGCUGUUACAUUUUCUUUUUGAACAUAAAUUAAAAAAGUAUAAUAAACCCAGUGAGCUGGUUGUCCCAGAAAUGGUCGAUGGUCUUCAGGACAAUUUAGAUGUUGUUGUGUCUCUCGCUGAGAGACAUUAUUACAACUGUGAUUUCAAGACAUGCUUCAAGCUCACGUCAAUGGUAAUGUUUAAGGAUCCUUUUCAUGCUAACUGUUUACCAGUUCACAUUGGAACCUUAGUUGAGCUUGGAAAAUCUAAUGAGUUGUUUUAUCUUUCUCAUAAACUCGUGGACCUGUAUCCCAAUAACCCUGUUUCAUGGUUUGCGGUCGGCUGCUAUUAUCUUAUGGUUGGCCAUAAAAAUGAGCAUGCUCGGCGCUAUCUUAGCAAAGCUACCACACUUGAACGGACCUAUGGUCCUGCCUGGAUCGCUUAUGGUCAUUCGUUCGCAGUAGAAAGUGAACAUGACCAGGCCAUGGCGGCUUACUUCACUGCUGCCCAACUAAUGAAAGGGUGUCACCUGCCCAUGCUGUAUAUUGGUUUGGAGUAUGGUCUGACUAACAACUCUAAACUUGCCGAGCGCUUCUUCAGCCAGGCUCUCGGGAUUGCUCCAGAGGAUCCGUUUGUCAUUCAUGAGGUGGCCGUGGUCGCCUUUCAGAAUGGAGAUUGGAAAACAGCAGAAAGGUUAUUUCUUGAUGCAAUGGAAAAAAUCAAAGCCAUUGGCAACGAAGUAACUGUUGAUAAAUGGGAACCUUUGCUCAACAACUUGGGUCAUGUUUGCCGAAAACUCAAGAAGUAUGACCACGCUCUGGAGUACCACCGACAGGCCCUCGUGUUAAUACCACAGCACGCGUCCACAUACGCAGCCAUCGGGUAUGUGCACAGCCUGAUGGGAGACUUUGAGAGCGCGAUAGACUAUUUCCAUACGGCGCUCGGACUGAAAAGGGAUGACACUUUUUCUGUAACGAUGCUCGCCCAUUGUAUUGAGAUGUACAUUGGGGACACAGAUGCCUACGUCGCCACAGACAUCGAUGACAAAGUAAAAGGCAGCCUAAACACGCCUGCUCUGAUGAAGAUGCUGUCCACCUCUGAACUGCCGGCUACACCGAAGAGGGAAGAGGCAGAAGACACAAGCACCAUGUCCUUAGAGACACCGGUGUCCAAUCAGGACAAGGUGACGCUGGAGACGCCUCUGAGACUGUCCCUGACCCUGGAGUGUGACAUGUACGAGAGUGACAUGAUGUUAGACACUCUGUCAGACACCAGCACGUGAUCCUCAUCAAACACACCUGAGCUCAAGGACUUUCAAACCAAAACUCUGGCACCAGUCCUGCCUAAGGAUUCUUUACUCCCCUCGUGCAUGAACAAAUGUGAUUUUAGAGUGCAAAUGAAAUGCCGUUGGCAGUGUGGUUUCACCACACUUAUCUUAUUAAGACAAACUUGCAAAAUGCACUUUAGAAAGGGGAAUCAACUAUUGUGCCUUGGUUAAAGGUUUUAUAACGGUGCUUUCCAUCAAACACUGGGUUAGACCUGAAGGCAAGAGUUCAGAUCUUCAGACGCUGGACUUUCCCUGUGGAUUUAUAAAUAAAGAGCCGUUUUGAGCCGUCUUGUUGCUAUUAAUAGUUUUCAAAUAAAUCAUGACGUACUAAUUGUGUUCAUUAACUUUCAAUGCUCUGACCACUCCAUUUGUUUAUCUGUGUAUUCUGCCAUAUUUGACCUCCGUUAUUGCCAGUCUUAUGUUUUUAAUACGUUUUAUUAAAUUUAAAUGUGAAAAGGU